GCUACCACGCCUGCAGUAAGGACAAGACUGCCUCGAACAACAACUAAUGGCUUCAGGAUUCAGCUACACGGCAGGUCGUUCGCGAUGCUUCACCUAUUGGCAGGAAUUCUCGAAGUGCUAUGCCAACUCAGACUCACCUAGUCAAUGUCGUCUACAAGCGGACGACUACCUUGAAUGCUUGCAUCACACGAAAGAGAUUGCUCGGGCCAAGACGGUGAAGGCCGAGUUUAUCAAGCAGGCUGAGCAUCACGCCAAGGAAGGCAGCAAGGCCGCAGAUAUCCUUGCAGACGGUGUCAUUGUUGGGGUCGGACUCAUACAGAGGGACCAGGCGAACGCUAAACACUAGCAGACGAUACCCCAGUCUUCUGCUUUGUUACCCUGCCUUCAAACCUUUGUACUGCAGUGGCUCUCGCAUGGUUGAUGUAGACAUUAGAAUAAUCAUAGCAUUUCCACCCCACAUGUCUUGAGCUAUUGGUCUCCGCGUAAUUCCAUGGAAAGUUGUAGUGCG